AUGCGUCUGAGCAUUCCAUGCGUCGCUCUGGCCCGAAAUCCGCUUGAAGGGGUGCCGACACGGUGCACCAACAUCCGGAAGGUGGUGGCAGCAAUGGCACCACCGCAUCGAACGCCGCUGCUGGUUGUAGCCUGCGCGGCUUUGCUUGCUGCCUAUGUCCUAUCCGAAGCUUUUGCUGUGACUACCUCGCCUAAGGCUCUCUCUCCUCCAAGGCUUUCCGCACAGGCGGUUGGCGCAGGACUGCCAGCCCAGCAUUCUUCAGAAGGUUAUGGCGCUGUUGGUGGGGCCAUGUGCGGUGCAGUAGCGGCUUUGCUAGCGGCCGGUGGCCUCGCAGUCCGCAGCCAACGCAAGAGCCGGUCGCUUCAGUGCAAUGCAUUCUCGAGCAGCAGCAGUGGCUUCAUGGGAACGCCGUGUGCAUCUUCUUACGUUUGGAACCACCAGGCAGCUCCUCAGCCCCAGCAGCCAGUGCAGGCUCAGUCAGGUGUGGCAAGCAUGGGCAUGAAGGCCCAAGUUUGGUGGAUCCGGAACAAUGGCUACGAUGGCCCCGCAAAGGGUGGUGCCAAGCUGUGGGACAGUAGGCGGCGGGAGUCCAGGCGCCGCGGUGAGGAGCUCUUCCGGCACGACGUUGACAAUUUCGAGUUGUGCGUUCACAACCUCCUCGCUGCUCCGGGCAGCAACAAGCGAAGGAUUCAGCGUGGUCGUGGCAAGUACGGUCAUCACGGCCGAACCUGCGGUUAUGGAUCAACGAAGAACGGGGCUGCCAAGCGCGGACGUCGUACGCUGAACCCCGGCUACGAGGGCAACCAGAAGCCGCUGCACCUGAAGACUCCCAAGCUCACGAAAGACCAACGCGACUCCAUGAAGCAAGACCCCUACACGCCGAUUACGUUUUGGGCCCAAGAUUUGUCCGAUGAAACACGGCAUCGCGCCUUUCCAUCCUCCCCACGCACCCGGCCUGCCAGCUUCAAGGUUCCUUUGAUCAUGCUCCAUCGCAGCCCCUUUGCGUGGAGCCCUCUGCAAAGGCCCAAUCCAGUUCCAUUGGUCGCGACUCCAAAUUUGCAGGCUUAUUCGCAAACCUCGUGCCACUAUCACAAGCAGGACCUCAACGGAAGGCGACUUGAAGCUGCGGCUUUCGCAGGACUUUCUGGAGCCUUCUGGCGAUUUCGCCUGAGGGUCAAGGGCAGGCCGGGCAGGCCGGGCAAGCAGGCAUCAAGGAUACGCUGCAGGUCAGAGUUUGAGAAAGACGCGGAGCAGUACACGCAGCUGGUCGACUGGCUCCGUGAACGGGGAGCCUAUGUUAACCAGGCAGUCGGUCUGGUCGAGCGAGACAUAUUGGAAGACGGAGGCUCACGAGCAGAGCGCGGCUGCGCAGCCACGCAAGAUAUACGAGCAGGAGAGUUGUUGCUUGAAAUUCCACUGAGCUGCUGUCUGUCUUCGGUGCCGGGAUGCUAUGACGACAUCUUGUCAACUCUGGAGCCAGCAUUGGAACGAGGGGGAAUCGCGAAGGCCGAUGUGGAACUGGCCCUGGCCGUGGCAGUCGAGCGUCAGCAAGGAGAAGCAUCGCCUUGGUGGACAUAUUUGAGGAUGCUCGACUGUAGCCACACCUUUCCACUUUUCUACGACAAAGCAGAUCUCGAAGCUUUGGAGAACAUCCCCCUGACAGAAUCACUGGAGGUGACCUCCCAAGUCAUCUCGCAGAUUGCAGAAGCCAGCGGCCUGCACGAUACAGAGUUUCGAGAAGCAAUGCAGCUGGUGAUGGGUCGGCGCUUUGGGGCCGAAACAUCCAGAGCCAUGAUGCCGAUCGGUGACCUUUUAAACCAUCGGUUUUAUCCAAGUUGCGAGUGGGAGACGCCCACUCCUGACACUCCGUGCUGGCGAUUAAAAUCGAAAAUGGACCUCUCUCCCGGUGAUUCCUUGAAUCACCUCUACUGUGAGGACCCGAACCAUCUGCUGUUGCAGCAGUCUGGCUUCAUCAUGAACGAGAACCCUCACAACAGGAUCAUGGCCAGACCAGUGGACCUGCGAAAUGCUCUCUACUCCGUCUGCAAUUCCAGCAGCCCGGAGGACUUUGCUAGUUUUCGCAAGGACCAGGUUGAGAAGGAGUUGCCAGAUCCAGAUGAAGAGGGGGUCGGGCUCAGCAUGUUUCUUGUUGGAAGAAGGCCGGGAGGUCUACAGUGGAACCCGCUCUGGCUUGACAUGAUAGGUUUAGCAGUCACGGAGAGCCCAGAUGCACCGCAUUGGGGAACCAGUCCUGAAGGCAUGGAGAAGUACUUGCAUGCUCUGGAGACUGCUUCGUGGUCACUGUUUCCAACCUCUCUUGAAGAGGUGGAGGCUGAUUGGACCGAGAGGGCAGCAGUUGAAAGCGCAGCGUUGGACGACGAGCUCUGUGCAGAAAGACCCGAGGGCAGUUCUGCUAAUCCAGCGUGCGUACUGAACAUGUGCGAAGAUGGUGACGAGGUUGACUACAUGGACUUGUUCAUGCGAGGACUGCCGGUCCCGUCGCGAAAAAAAUUUGACAGAGUGAAGAUCAAAGCAAAUGAAACCGACGAGCUGACCGUGAAGAAUCUCACAGUUUUCGCUCAUGCCUUCGAGCCAGCUGCUCGUGAGAAGAUCGAAGAGAAUGGCGGCAGGUGCAUUCGCUUGUCAGACGUGGGCAGCUUGCCGAUCGACGCCAAGUGGAUGAGCACAAACGAGUUCAAGGUGGGCGCCGGAGACGAUUCCAAGGAGGAGGCCGAGGGAGAGGAGGCACCAGCUGAGGCCGGAACAGCAAGGCCGACGUGUGCCUUGGAUGCGGAGGCCGCCACCGGUGGCAGCCUCGUCCUUCCCGACGGCCGCAAGCUCAAUGGCAGCGGUGCUCCAGUGAGCGGAAGCCGCUUCCGUGUCGAGCCAGGAGCCAGCGGGCUGCCGGAGUUACAAGCAAAGCCCGGGGCCGGGCAAGAUGCUAAGAGUGCAGCACAUUGCAGCACCUUCGCCUCUCGUCCAGCCGUGCUAGAAUCAAGUGAUACCAAGCGAGACGCGCGCGACGGACGUUCAAUCUCCUUGCUGCAAGGCGAAUCUCUGCAGUUCCAGGAGUACGCCCGGCACAUCGCGGGAGUCAGCCUGAGCCUGCGGUGGGGCACCGGGCUCUUCGAGACGCCUUCGGCCCAGGGCCCAGAUUUCCGCGAUGCCGUCGGCUUUCACUCCAGUCCCGCGGUCCGCAUGGCCAAGGACAGGCCCGAAUGGGACAGCCUUUUCGACGACCUUGACGAUGGGGAGCGAAAGGACCCGGCUGCAGAGGGGGAUCCCGCGUCGGAGAGCUGGAGGGCUGGCAGCACGGUCGGCCCCGACUGGGACCAUUUGUACAAGAGGCGACACGGCACCAGCUCCCGGCAGUUCCUCGGCAGCAGCGGGGGAAGGGGCCCUCGCAUUGUGGCGCUGGGUUGCGCAAUGCUUUCCAGCCGCCAGGCUCGCGAUGGAGGAGAGAAGAGGGCCGACGAUGAUGCUCUUGACUACGCAGCACUGUUCAGUGGAGCGACAGAUCCCGACGACGAUGAUUUGCCAGAUUUGGUUCCCACAGACACUCGGGCCUCUGCUGAGAAGGCUAACCCUGCAAGCGAGCGAGGCGGUGCGCCGUCCGUGUCGUCUCCUCGCGAGGAUGCAAGGGGUACCGCGGGCAACAACUCGAAGGAGCUCGAGCACGAGGAAGAGGUCAACGUCGCACAGCGCCGCCUUAUCUUCGAUUUGGACUCCAGCCUGGUGGAUCUUGCAUGCCAUUGGCAGAAGUAUGGUAUCCUGGGUCACUUCAACCUCUCCGGCCAUGCUGACGAGGGAGUGGAAGCAUGGGGCGAGAAGUUGAUGCCCAAGGGCACGCUGUCACUGGCCGACUUCCGAUCUCAUGGUGUCGAGCUGGAUCUUAGCGACACGCACGCUGUCUCGUCUGGUUUCCAAGAGCUGGAGGAGUUUUCCAGCGCAGUGAAACGUGACGGCACGGUCACGACCCUGAGACUCUCCCGAGCCAGGAUCGGUAACUCGGGGGCAAGCUGGAUCGCAGGAGCUCUCAUGCGGAAUUUUACCCUGACGGAGCUGGUGCUGAGCAGCAAUUCCAUCUCCGACGAAGGGAUCGACCCGCUUGCUGCUGUGCUUGACAGCAACAACACGCUCAAAAAGAUCGAUCUGUCGGACAACCGGGUGGGCUCGAGGGGUGCGCAGCAGCUGGCGUCGGCCAGCUCCAGGAACCGAUCCCUGACAUACCUCGACCUCAGUAGGAACAGCAUUGGAGACCAGGGUGCCGAGGAGUUCCUCUCCGUGUUGGAUGUGGCGGUUCGACCGCGGCCGUCAGCUCUACGCAUAUUGGACUUUGCGGGCAACUCCAUCACCAGGCGCACCGAGGAGCGGCUCCUUUCUGCCUUUCACCGUGGAAUCACGGUGCUGGAGUCCUUGCACCUGUCUGACUCAGACAGGGCGAAGGCAUCGGCUGCAGACGAGGGCAAACCUCCCCGGUUUACGGUCAUUUGCACGCAGCAGGGCAUUGAGAUCCGCGCUGGCAGAGCUGGGCCGCGGGCGCAGAUCAGCUGGGAGCAAGAUCAAGGAGACGUUGAGGUGGUCCUCAAGCGGGCCGAGAUGAGGAAGUGCGAUGCAGCGGUGGUGGAUGUAGCUUUCGGCUACCGGAGACUGAAAGUCACGGUACGAGCAGAGCUGAUUAUGGACAUUGAGCUCUUCGCGCGCAUUCGACCAGAGGAUUGCGCGUGGACGGUCGGCGACGGUUACCUGCAGAUAGUCUUGGCCAAGGCAGAGUCUCCAAUGUAG